AUGGACCCUGAACAAUUACAGAACAUUAAUAAUAAGGAUGCGAUGGAAGUAGAAUCGAAACAAGAUAGAAAGAGAGGACAUGAUAUAGAACAUUCUGAUGAGAAAAAUAAUCAUUCAAAAUUAAAAAAAUACACAGUAGACAACGUAGAUGUUCAUGCAAUACCAAAAUUGGAUGAGACACAUAACACGGAAGAAUAUGAUGAUAUUUGGAAUAUUGGUAAUUUUGAUGAAGAAUAUGGGGUAUUGUCAACAUGCAUAGAGGAGCCGAUAAGAAAUGAAUCAGAUGAAUCGCUUAAUAAGAAAGAAUUGACCAAACAUGGGGAACCACAGCACUCUCAAAAAGUAGCUGAGGGUGAUCCUAAUAUAAAUAAAAAGGAAGAAGAGGAAAUAUCGCCAGACGAAUUACUUGAUACAUUUCUGAAAGAGUUCAACGCUUCUGUAGAAGGACCCGCCUUGGGUUGCUUUAUAGGAACAGGAGACGAAAACGAAGAAAAGGUACCUCUUAAUUUGGGAGAAUCGGAAAAUGUUUUCGUUCACAAUGAAGAAAAGUAA